AUGUUUUCUCUUUCAGUUGGGUCCCAAUUUCCCCCAAUUUAUAAUAUCUUCUCUCAUCACAAUUACCCACUUCCACUUUCUCUCAAUCCCCACAAAUCAUGAAGUCAAAAUUCAUCGAAAAAAAUAUGUCCGCUUGGUUCGGCAGAAAAUCCAACAAAGAUAAAGAUAAUCAUCAUCGGAAUCAGCUCCAAAAUCAUCAUCAAGAUAACCCAUUUUUCAGCAACAAUUAUCACACAUCUGAUAGGAAGCACAAGUCUAGUUUUGAUGGCGGCUCGCCACGUGUCAGCCGGGAUUUUUCGCCGUCGUCGUCAUCGUCGGCGGUGGGUACGCCGGUGGUCGGACGUGGGAAUUGUGGGUCCGAUUUUUCAGGGUUUGAUCCGGAUCGAAUUGGGCAUGUUCUGCCUCAGCCUUCUGUAACGAAUACGACGUCGUUUCCGGGUGUGUCUCCGACGACGUCGUUUGGGGUGGUGGAUCAUCAUGGGUCCGGGUCGGUUUCUUCUAGUGGUGGGUCUUCUAUGUCUUCUGGUGAUGAGCUGAAUCUUGAUCAUGGUCAAUUGGGGUUUUUCAGACGGGACACCAAGUUGAGCCCUCAACCUAGAAGUCCGGGUCCCGGGUCAAGGGUGGGGACCGCAGCCACAUCACCGCUCCAUCAACGUUUGGCAUGUACAAGUUUAGACUCUCCCAACCGAAAAUUGGAUGACGGAAAAAAUGCCGCUCAUCCACUUCCCCUUCCACCUGGUUCACCAACUAGCUCGUCUUCGCCGUUAAAUUGCUGCUCUCCUACUAGUCCCUCAUCGGUUUUGAUGUCUUGCCAACCGUCCAAGUGGAAAAAAGGAAGAUUGUUGGGACGAGGCACUUUUGGACAUGUUUAUCUCGGUUUUAACAGUGAGAAUGGUCAGAUGUGUGCAAUAAAAGAAGUCAAAGUUGUUGCAGAUGAUCAGUCUUCAAAAGAAUGUCUCAAGCAAUUGAACCAGGAGAUCACUUUGCUCAGUCAACUUUCACACCCAAACAUCGUUCAAUACUAUGGAAGUGAACUGGGAGAGGAAACGUUAUCUGUUUACUUGGAAUACGUCUCCGGUGGUUCCAUUCACAAAUUACUCCAAGAAUAUGGCCCGUUUAGGGAACCCGUUAUUCAAAAUUACACCAGGCAAGUUCUUAGUGGGCUUGCCUAUUUACAUGGAAGAAAUACGGUACACAGAGAUAUAAAAGGGGCAAACAUAUUAGUGGACCCUAAUGGUGAAAUCAAACUUGCUGAUUUUGGCAUGGCAAAACAUAUAAAAAAUUGUACUUCAAUGCUUUCUUUCAAAGGAAGUCCGUACUGGAUGGCACCCGAGGUUGUAAUGAAUACAAAUGGUUAUAAUCUUGCGGUUGAUAUUUGGAGUUUGGGAUGUACAGUUCUUGAAAUGGCGACAUCAAAACCUCCUUGGGGUCAAUACGAAGGGGUGGCAGCUAUAUUCAAAAUUGGAAAUAGCAAAGACAUGCCCGAAAUACCCGAUCAUCUUUCAAACGAUGCAAAAUCUUUUAUAAAGCAAUGCCUACAACGGGACCCGUCUUUACGACCCUCAGCCUCAAAACUGUUGGAUCACGCGUUUGUUCGGGACCAAAGUACUUCAAGAGGAGCUAAUAUGCACCUAACCAAAGAAGCCUUUCCUUUCACCUUCGAUGGAAGUCGUACCCCGACGGCCUCAGAAAUGCAUUCAAACAGAACAAACAUGCAUUCGUUUGACGUGCCUGUGGCGACAGCGUCUAGAGGUGCAAUGUUGAGUCCAAGGAGAAAUACAAGAAUGAUUACUUCUUUGCCUGUAUCGCCAACUUCAAGUCCGUUAAGGCAGUAUGGAUCCACAUACAGGAGUGGUUACGUUUCACCCCCUCACCCAUCUUUCACCAUGAUCGGUCAAAGUCAAGGCAAUUUCAAAUUUAAUGAUGUGUUGGCAGUUCAAUCACGACACAAUGGCAAAAUGACACUUGACCCGCGGUAUGAAGUCCCGCAGGUCAAACCUCAAACACCCACUAGAACCCCAAGAUCGCGGAUCAUUUGAUUAGGGUCCGGUGACCGAUAGACCUACCGGAUCGCGGGUCAAUCCAAUGGCAAGUAUAAGAGUUUUAUGUAUGUUUUGAUUGUCAUAUGAUAAAAACAUAGGAGGGCAGAGGUUGUAGGGAAUUAUUCGUCUCUGUGAUUCAUUGUAAAUAAAACCGGCUAGUAUUUAUUUUCUAUCACUGUAUACAAAGACUGGUCGGGCUUUCGUUUCCUUGACUUUUGACACGCUCCAACCCACAGGUUCGUUAUUGGAACUUUAAUAUUGGUCACUGCUGCAGGAACCGGUGUUGAAACCUUGUUGAAAAUUGGUCGAACCAGUGUAUUAUCAGAACAUUCAAACAGAAAUUUGCUAUAGAAAAUUCGAACAUUGUAAACA